CUUUCCUGGAGCUUGAUGAUCCUCACCUGCGUUUCCCCGUCCAAGCAUGCCGAGAUGAAUGCGCCACCUGUAUUACGGCCGCUGAGGGCCAUAUUGCAGAGGCGGCUGCAACUUGUGCCCUCUCGUCCGAUCCGAACACCCUACUGCGCCCGGGCCUCACAGCUCCGACCCCAGCUCCGGUGCAACUCGUCGACAACCAAGGACCCAGCAGGAAAGUCGGACAGCCCUGCCGAGGAGGCUGCGAAGGAGUCAUCCCCAGAUACCCCAGCAGCGGCACCGACGAACGCGGCGCAAGAGGCACAGGAUGUCAACCCAGAGGAGCACCUGGAACCUCCAGAGCGCCCACAACAGACGACGGGCGAGAUAGAAGUGCAGCAGGCCGAGCCGAGCGAAUUCGCAACUGUGCAGCCUGGGGAGCCCGUCACGGACGCCGAGGUCGCGGUGCCCGCGCAGCCGAGCUCGAAUGAAGCCGCCCUGCCGAAGCUUGACGCCGCCUUGGUCAAGUCCGCGUUCCAAAAAGUCAGGCUCGCGGGUGCUGAGAUCGAGGCUGGCAUCUCAGAAGUGGUCGCGCGACAGAUCGAGGCGGCCGAGGCUGCUACUGCCCCGGAGCCAGAGGCAAUCGUGAUCCCCCGACCGGACGGCGCAUUCAUAAGGUCUACGAUGAAGGAGGUGCAUGAUCUGUCCUAUGAAGUCUUUGCAGGUAUCGCGGCGUUCGAGAAAGCGCGCCUCGAAUCGGAACAGCUCGAAACGACCAUCGCGGACUCGGCGGACAACGCGCCGCAUAAUGCGAGCCCUGCUGUCGAGGCUGAAGAGGCGCUCGGAGAGCCCCAGUCUCGAGGCCAGGAGGCCGUCGAGGCCGCAUCUGUGGCAUCGCAAAGCCACGCCCCAGAGGCAGUGACGGAGCAGGACACCCCCGAGCCCGCGGUCGAGGCCCAAUCUGAGCCGGUGGGGACUGCAGAGACACCAGCCGCGCUCCCUGACGAGGUCGUCAAGGCCGCGGAAGAAGUGCGUGAGACCGAGGAGGUGGGAGGUGGCGAGACGGAGAUGUCCGAGCCCGUGGUCUUGACGAACACAGAGGCCCAGGACAUUGUCAACGAGCAGAUCGCAGCGACGGAGCUCGACCAGACACCGCCACAGGAGCCAGCCAGCCCUGUCGCAGCCGUGGACAAGGAGGCGACGGUGUCAAGGCACGACAGCCUCAGUGCCGCGGCGGAGAAGGAAAUCGGUGACAAGGCAGAGGAGAAGGCGGCCGAGCUGGUCGAGACCUUGGAAGGGGACGAGGAGGACCCAGAGGACGGGCCCCGCCUGCCGCGCAACGUGCAGGCCUUCUACAUGCAGCCCCUCCGCCGGGAGGCAAAGUACAACAUCCCCUCGUGCAACCUGCAGCUGCGAUCCUACAGCGUCCGGCCGCUCGAGUCGUUCUGCGACUUUGCCCUGCGCGCGGCGUACUACCUGGGCCUGCCGGCGUACGGCCCCACGCCGCUGCCCAAGAUCAUCCAGAGGUGGACGGUGCCCAAGUCCAGCUUCAUCUUCAAGAAGUCGCAGGAGAACUUUGAGCGGAUCACGCGCCGCAGGCUCAUCCAGAUCCGCGACGGACACCCGCACACGGUGCAGGUCUGGCUCGCGUUCUUGCAGAAGCACCAGCAGGCGGGUGUGGGUAUGAAGGCCAACAUAUGGGAGUUCAGCAGCAUCGAUGUUGCCAAGGAACUGGACCAGGCAUAUGAGGAGGCCAAGCCCUUGAUCGACCAGAAGUUCAAGCUCUUGGGACAGGACAAGGAGAUUGGGACAAUCGAGAAGGUGGAUGAGCUACUCACAAGCGAGAGGUACAAGUUGGCUGGAGGCCGGUAGAUAUACUGUGAAUGAAGAUGUAUUAUAUUUGUGGUACACGUAUUUGUGCAUCGUCGAAGCGAAGCGGAAGCGGCCUUCUAGAUGGCUCAGCAUACCGUUAUACCGCCGGCGCCAGCAGAAAUCAAAGACAAUUCACCCAGAAA